AUGUCUUCUGUGAUUGCCAGCUAUAUGCGUUUGUCGCCUGUUUCUGGCAGCUAUAUGCGCAUGUCUCCUGGGAUUCACAGCUAUAUGCGUAUGUUGCCUGUGAUUCGCAGCUAUAUGCGUAUGUCGCCUGUGAUUGGCAGCUAUAUUCGCAUGUCUCUUGUGAUUGCCAGCUAUAUGCGUAUGUCGCCUGUGAUUGGCAGCUAUAUUCGCAUGUCUCUUGUGAUUGCCAGCUAUAUGCGUUUGUCGCCUGUGACUGGCAGCUAUAUGUGGAUGUUUUCUGUGAUUCACAGCUAUAUGCGUAUGUUUCCUGUGAUUGGCAGCUAUAUGCGUAUGUUGCCUGUGAUUGGCAGCUAUAUGCGCAUGUCGCCUGUGAUUCGCAGCUAUAUGCGUAUGUCGCCUUUGAUUGCCAGCUAUGUUCGCAUGUCUCUUGUGAUUGCCAGCUAUAUGCGUAUGUCGCCUGUGACUGGCAGCUAUAUUCGCAUGUCUUCUGUGAUUGCCAGCUAUAUGCGUUUGUCGCCUGUGACUGGCAGCUACAGUAUAUGCGCAUGUUUUCUGUGA